AAGGGGGUGUGGUUAGGGGGUGGGGACGUGUUUACUUCUAAAAAACCAUUGAUUCUUGUAAACGGUGGCAAAUUUGAAAUUUCCAAAAUAAGACCCCGCCGGACGGAGACUCGGAGGCCGCACACCUCAAGAGCGAAAUGAGUCGGAAAGUUAUUGGGCCGGCAUUGCCACCUGGUUACGGCGCGCCAAAAGAAGAAGAAGAGGAUGCUCCGAUAGGCCCUCAAAUUCCAUCAGUCGGCCCCAGCAUUCCUUCUGGAGCAAAAGUGGGGCCGGAUCUCCCUGGACGAAAUUCCUCUAGUUCGGACUCGGAUAGUGAGGAAUCUUUUGACGGCAUCGAACUUCACGAUGAAGAGGAUCUGAAAUCGUCCUCCCAAUACGGACCUGCGCUGCCUCCAGGGUAUGGGCAGAAAAAGGUGCUCGGACCAACCCUACCACCAGGGAUAAUUCCUGGCAGCAAAACAGAGGAGAGUGACGAAGAUGACUCGGGCAUAAUUGGACCUGCCAUACCUGGUAGUGCGUCAGACGAAGCGCAUUGGGCCAGAAUUGUAGAGGAGAGGGCCAAAAGGAUGAAGAACAAACUGACAGGCUCAAAAGAUGACAAAGUUGUGCGAGAAACUUGGAUGCUUGAGUUACCAAAAGACAGGUCUGGUCUCUUAGGACUUGAGGCGCGCCAGUUCAGGAAAAACCCCGCCCCUGAUCGUUCUGCAGACACCUCUUGUUGGACCGACACCCCAGAGGAAAAACUCCGGAAGCAGAAGGGGGAAGUGAAAGAAAAAUUGGACCCAAAGCAGGAGCUCGAGCAGAAAAUAAUGGCCAAACGAGACAAGGAGAUGGCCAAGAUGGCUAAAGCCCAUAAAAGAGAGCACAAAUCUCUAAUGGAGAUACACGAAGAGAAAUCCAAAAAGUCUAAGGGUGAAGGAUCUGGUGAGCGGCAGAUGUUUGAUCGAGAUCGUGACUUGCAGGUGAAUCGCUUUGACGAAGCCCAGAAGAAAGCGAUCGUGAACAAAGCAAAAUUCCUUGAUGACCGUUUUUCAACGGGUGGUCAGAAAUUCCUUUAAUAGUUUGUUAUUCAAAACUAAGGAAUAUUAUAAAUAAAUUGUACACAUUAAGUUCAAAUAAAUAGUAAAUUAAAUUGAUUUUAAA